AUGAAGUUCAUUGUAGGCGGUGUCAUUCCGUCUUCGCUGGGGUUUGGUUCCCUUGCAGCCAUCCUCCUUCUGGUGUAUGGCGCGUCGGUAGUCGUAUACAACCUCUUCUUCCACCCAUUGCGUCGGUUCCCUGGCCCAAAGUUGUGGGCUGCCACGCCCCUCCCUGCGGCGCUCAGUGUUCUCCGCGGGCUCUCUCACGUUAAGAUUCUUGAACUCCAUAAGCGCUAUGGCGAUAUUGUCCGAGUAGGGCCCAACGAACUAGCAUUUGCACACUCAGAUGUGUGGAAGGAUGUCUGUGGACAUUUGAAGCGCGAUCAGGAGGAAAAUGGCAAGGAUCCCAAGUACGGCAAUGAAGACCUGGACAAAAGUCUGAUCUCAGCUUCACGCGAACGACACGGGCCGUUGCGACGUUUGCUAUCCCACGGAUUCUCGGCUCGUGCCAUGGCCGAGCAGCAACCACUCAUCAACACCUAUAUCGAUCUUUCAUGGAACGCCUCCGUGAGCACGGAGAGAAUGGGUCGCGGCCUAUCGAUGCAUCGAAAUGACUUGGCGUUUGGCGAAUCUUUCGGCUGUCUGCGCACUUCUGCGUCUCAUCCAUGGGUUGAAAGCUUCUUCGACUCGAUGAAAAUCAUCCCCGCUAUCCAGGCAAUCAGCGACUUGCCCUUCUUUUCGAUCCUGGCACCUCUGUACUUCAUGCUUUUUAUCCCGAAGAACGUCGCUACCCAACGCCGAACGAGUCAGCAAUUUGCCGAGGAAAGCUUGAAAAAGAGGCUUAGUCUGGGUACUGACCGGCCCGACUUCGUACAAGCGAUGCUUAAAGGCGGCAAAGAGCAUACCUUGACGCCGAUUGAAUUGCGAGACAACAGCGUUCUUCUCACUACGGCCGGUUCUGAAACCACAGCCACAACACUCGCUGCAACGACCUACUUCCUUGCCACUCAUCCUGAAGCACUUCAAAAGUUGAAUGAUGAGGUCCGGUCGGCUUUCAAGAGCGAAGAUGAGAUCGACGUGAAUAGUGUCCAGAACCUGCCCUACAUGCUCGCUGUUCUGAAGGAAGCUAUGCGCGUCCAUCCAGCUGUAGCCAUUUCCCUGCCACGAUCGACUCCUCGCAGUGGAGCGCAGGUCGCAGGAGAACAUAUCCCCGGAGGCACGACUUUGGGUAUCUGGCAAUACGCCCUCUAUCACGACCCGACCAAGUUUCUUUACCCCGACUCCUUCAUUCCUGAGCGAUGGUUGGACGACAAACGCUUUGAAAAUGACGCUAAACACAUGCACCAACCUUUUUCAUACGGUCCUCGAAUUUGUCUGGGCAUGAAUCUUGCUUACGCUGAGAUGCGGUUGAUUCUUGCUCGCAUUAUUUGGAAUUUUGACCUGGAGCUCGAGACUCAAAGCCGGGAAUGGGCGGCGAAUCAGAAGGUGUUCUUCUUUUGGGACAAGCCACCUUUGUGGACAUACUUCAAGCCCAGACGGUCUUAG